AUGAACGCUGAAAUAAAACUUCUAGAGCAAACACUAAGCCUUAUACACAUUCCUCUGGGCCUCUACUCGCAAUUCCUCCAGCCUAUCCUCCGUCUCCUUCUCCCCUCGACAUGUGCCACCGUUGAGGACGGGCUCGGGAACUUGACCUUGGCUCAGGAGCAUGGCUUCCUCAACAUCAGCGUGACACCUAUCGAGUGUUCAAUAGUCUGUAAUGAAACCUGGUCCAGGACCGUCUUCGAGCCUGUUAUCAAGCAAUUACCUAAAAACUUGGCCAAAACCGUAUCGAUAUCUGCCGAAACCUACUGCGUGCUGCGGGUGUCUGCUCCGGGAGCGGACGCCGGGAGUCGAAUUGUGGAUUUGACUUCGCCUCUCGCGCUCGCCGGAAUUUCCAUUUUCUUCAUCACGACCUACUACUCGGACUUCCUUAUAGUCCCCAGUAGGUCUCGCCAGAACGUGGUCCAGGCCUUGUUCGAGCAGGGCUUCGAGUGCUCAGAGGACAGCACUUCCUCCUUUGUGUCGCCUGUGUCACACACUCGGGGCCUCAGCCAGGAGAGUGACAAUCCACCAUCCACGCCCCCGCCGUCUAAUGUCGCGGAGCUGCAAAUGCGUACUUUCAAGCUGUUGAAGAAGCACAAUGUCGUUGCUCGUAUAGAGCCCGACCUGCGCCUGAUUCACUGCUCUGGGAGGGAUGUUUCCCAGCAUGAUAGCUACUCCAGGUCUUCGAGAUCGUACGCGGGGAAUGGGAACCAUCGCAAGAGCUCGUGGGUGGACAAGGUUGACACCAAGUUCUACACCAGUCUGAUCGCGGCCUUGGUCAGCCAGCCUCGCUUCUUGUCGGUAACGCUGGCAGAAGAAGACGAGCCGUCCCUCCUCAUCGACAGAUGCUUGCUGGGGACCUUUGGCGAUUCGUUGAUAGGCCCGACUGACUCCGAUUUGACUCCGAUUUUGCUUGAUUUGGUCGACCUCCCAUUUGAGGCGACCGGGAUUGUGGCAGGCGUUGCAGGGAAGCUUGUCGAAGAGAUGCGUAUGGAAAAUACCGAGCUAUCAUAUCUCUCCACGGCCAAGACGGGCGCCGUGAUGCUAUCUAGCGAGCAUGCAGAGCGUGCAUUGGAGGUUCUGAGUCCCUUACUGCCGAAGGAUGCCUGA